AAGAGAGAUGAAAUGAGGCAGCGUCAUUGUGGUCAUCUCCCCCUCCUGUUAAUAUAGAGACUGAACCACCCAUCGCUACCAAACAAAUAGACCCCUCAUGGACCGUCAUUCCUCUUCUCCUUCCCAUUCUCGAACUCUUAGCUUCCCUCUUCCUCUUCCUUUCUUUUUCCGGCCACUCUCUCCGGUUCUGCCUCUCUAGCCACCGCCUCCCUCCGAUUCCCCCAAAUCCAAGGUCUUAGCCUCGCUUCGUUUCUAUUCUGCUGCUUGAUUCCAGCUCCCGAGGCUUCGGUUUUUAGGGAAGCCUAAUAGUACCCUCUACGGCUAUCAACCUACUGUUUUCUUUUUAUCCUUCUCAUGUUUUGUUGCGGGCUUGUGCUGCCUUCAACCAAUUUUGUUGGUAAACAAGUUGAGUCCUCAACUUUUGUUCUUUACCUUGCUUGUUUCGUGACACAGCCGUUCUCCUAAUUCUUUCAUUAAAUUUCUGCUAAUACACUGAUUUUUCAACAUCUGCUGGUUUGUGCCGAAAAUUUUCUGUUUUCUCUGAUCCCAGAGUGCAGAAAAUCUUGCUAUUUUCCUUUGAUUAAGCAGAACAAUUCAGUUUCCAUAAAAACCAACGGAAAAGAGCGAGGCAGUGAAGGAUUCUAUGUUUCUAGCUAACUAGAUUUUGCAAACCCGGGCAUAGCACAAGGACGAUUCUAUCUUUUGGCCUCGUGGAUCCCAUUUUAGCCUACUUUUGUUCUAUCCUUUUGCUUGUUUUCUUGAAGAAGAAAGUAUACGGGUCCCCCUCGUUUGCUUCGUGAACAGAUAGGUGGAAAUAAUGGAACAUUAUAAGGUGGAUAUGGUUUAUUGUCUUUUUCUUUAGCUUUCACAAACAGGGUAGAGUACAGGAAUGGCCAAGCCGAGGUUCCUGUAAUUGUGAUCCGAGGCCGAAAGCAAUGAAAUAAAGAAUUCCAGGUGCAACGCUGGAAUUGUGUGAGGGAAUGAAUAUCCUCCUCUACCUGUUUCAGGAUUUAGCUUUUUCUGAUAUUAAAUUCUGGGAUUCCGAGCUUUCUGUCUGAGAAAUUGUCUUUAGUUUGGUCACGACUCCCCCAUACCCAACUUGCUUUUCCCUUGUUUGGGUUCAGACGGAGGUGUGGUAUAUACAAAUAUAAUAAUUGAGAAAGGGGUAAAGAAGAAAAGAAACUCAUUUCAAUGGGCGGUUCCCGAAUUUCUUUCCCUGCUACUCAUUCUUUUCGUGACCACAUGACCUGUACUCUGCUGCUCUGCAUGUAACGGUUAUAAAUUUGCUUGUUUCAGAAGAACCUCGUAUAGAGUAUCAGUUUGCAGAAGGUGAUCGAUGGGCCAUUUAUCGUCCAUGUUCAACGGGUUGGCGAGAUCGUUCUCAAUGAAGAAAGGGAAGAGUUCUGGGAAAUGCGAUGGGAGAGAAGCCGCCGAAGCGAUGGCCAAGGAAGCGAAGAAAAAUGACCAGAUGCUUCAUACUUCUGGCACCGUCCAUGUCCAGGGCUCCAACAAUUUCGCCUCAGUUUUUUCCAAGAGAGGCCAGAAAGGAGUCAACCAGGAUUGUUGCAUGGUUUGGGAGGAAUUUGGAUGUCAAGAGGACAUGAUGUUCUGUGGGGUAUUUGACGGCCAUGGACCAUGGGGUCACUUCGUGGCUAAGAGAGUAAGAGAGUCCAUGGCUCCAUCUUUGUUGUGUAACUGGCAGGAGGCACUUGCUCAGACCUCUCUUGAUCCUGAUUUCGACUUAGAGGAUGAAAAAAAACAACAGCCCUUCAAUAUAUGGAAGCACUCCUACUUGAAGACAUGUGCCGCCAUUGAUCACGAGCUAGAGCGCUCUCGCAAGAUCGAUUCUUUCUACAGCGGAACCACUGCUCUCUCCAUUGUCCGGCAGGGUGAACUAAUCGUUGUCGCAAAUGUCGGUGACUCUCGGGCUGUACUAGCCACAACAUCAGACGAUCAAAGAUUAGUGCCAGUACAGCUGACUGUUGAUUUCAAGCCCAACCUGCCUCAGGAGGCAGAGCGUAUAAUUCAGUGUCAGGGACGAGUGUUCUGCUUAGACGAUGAACCCGGAGUUCACAGAGUGUGGCUGCCCGACGGAGAGUCGCCGGGACUGGCCAUGUCCAGAGCCUUCGGAGACUACUGCGUGAAGGAUUAUGGCCUUAUUUCGGUUCCUGAGGUAACACACAGGACUAUCACUAGCAGAGACCAAUUCGUUGUGCUGGCAACAGACGGGGUGUGGGAUGUGAUAUCGAAUGAAGAAGCAGUGGAAAUAGUGGGUUCAUCAGAAGACAGAGGGAAGUCAGCAAGAAUAUUGGUGGAGUGUGCGGUAAGGGCAUGGAAACGUAAGCGACGGGGCAUCGCCAUGGAUGACAUUUCUGCAAUUUGUGUAUUCUUGCAUCCUCCUCCUCCGUCUCUCCUAAAGUAGGAUUGGGUCAAAUGUUAAUUGUUGCUUUUUGAUGUAACCUGCAUUCCAAUUAUGGUUAAGAUCCGUUGCAAUCUGUCUUUAUCA